AUGUCAGAUCAGCUGUGGACGGUGUCCCUCUCCUUCCUCGCGUAUUUCCUGGUAUUUUGCUUCUGGCAGAGGAUUCAGCUUUUCUCUCGACCACUCAUGGUUUUCUUCGACAAGCUAUGCAUCAAUCAGUUUGACCCACAGGAAAAGGAGAAAGGCAUUCUCGGACUUGGCGCCUUUGCGAUGAGAUCCAAGCAGGUGUUGGUAUUAUGGUCGCCCGAAUACUUCAACCGCUUGUGGUGCAGCUUUGAGAUUGCUUGCUUUCUGAGCCCCGUUUACAAAGGCACGGUGCAAUUCCUAUCGGUGAAGGGGAGCUGCGUGCUGUUCCUGACUUCGAUCUUGUGGCACAUAGUUAUGUUUGCAUUCUUUGCCAGCUUUUCCAUGAUGGACCAAUUCUACGCUACUGGCUCGAUGAAUCACUGGAUCGCUCUGACCACCUUCAUGGCGUCCUUUACAAUUCCUCUCUUGAUGCUUGUGAACUAUCUGGGCAUGAGCCUUGCGCAAAGCGUAAUGCAACUUCCCAGUCGGUUGCAAAACUUCCGGGUGCAGGAAACUCAGUGCUUCUGCUGCGCGAACUACCAUCAAGACCCACGAACGAGUAGUGAGCUGCCCUGUGAUCGAGAGUUGGUCUACGAAUCGUUGACGCUGAUGUACGACUCGACAAUGCGAGGCCCGGAGGCGACCGCAUUGGAGAGCUUCAAUCAGCGUGUUCGCGUAAUCGCGGCAGACAUCAUCGGACGAGCGACUGUGGAAGCCCCUUUCAAGCAGAUCGUGUCGGUCUGCGUGGUGAGCCUUGUGCCAUACCUUUCAGAGCUGAUGUCAACGUUGAAGAACGGGCCGAAGGAUUCGCUUCUGGGCUUCGAUCUGGCCAUUUGGUGUAUGACCAGGGUGGUGGUGUGGGUCCAACCGGGCUUGUGUGUUCUGCUGGCACACCCCAUCUCCAUUUGGCUUUGGCAGCUUCAUUCCCGACCCAGUGUGCUUGCAUCACUGUGGAUGAGCCCGGUCAUUGUUCUCGCAGUUACAAUUUCCUGGGCCUCUAUUUACGCAGUCGACCUUCUGACUCCAGAAAAUAGCCUGCUUCCUUUUGUCCCAUUUCUGGUGGUUUUGGCACUGGUUGUGUUGCUCUAUUCUCCCAUUCUCAGAUGUGAGCGGAGCAGAAUGAAAAGAAGUGAUGUUCUAGCGGAGAAUCAAGACGCACCGCCCUUUUCUACUUUGGAGGUUGCGCAGGAUGCUGCGCUGGAGCCAUUGGAAGUUGACGAAGAUGGCGACACGCUUGUUACAUGGGCGUUCUAA